GUUGAUAGAAUUCUAUUUGAUAAUAGCAGUUGAAUAUUGUUUAUCAAUAUUUCAUGUGAUUUUUUGUCAACAGAGAAUAUCUCUCAUCAAAAACUCGUGUUUGAUAGAAAAAUUUGAAUAUUUUCAAGUGAUUUAGAGUUUGUUUUCUAAGUGGUGAGAUGAGGAUACCUCACACUUUACGAGUUAACGUGAUAAGGGUCUAUGCCAGCUCAACCCAAUCCAGACAGUUAUUGGGAGAAAUGAACCGCUCCAUAGAAUCAGAUAACUUCAGCUGGGACAAGUAUGACCCUCUCAGUCUAAUGGAUACCUGUGUGAAGGUGAUGGCAGAAGGGUUUGAGAUGUGUUACGAGUACAUAAAAAGGUUGCCCAGACAGGAUCUGGAUUAUGUGCUGGAGAUUCUGAGGACGGAUUUGCCAGUACACCUGACUGUGCCAGUGAUCGAGGAUGGGGUUUACUGGAAGAGGUGUUGUGAUGAUAAUUGGCCUGAUGAGACUAUCAACCUCACGAAGUCUGAGACGUCCUGGAAGAAGGCGUUCCUGGAGAGGUAUUUGCAGCAGGUCGUUGAGAGUCAGAUUCCCAACCAGGUGGAUUGGACCACACUGGAGCUAACAGUUAACGCAUGCGCAGACUAUGUAACUCGACUACACCUGCAACAGUUGCUUCCCCCUCCCAACCUCGAACUGAGACCCGUAUCCCCCGACGAGUGUGUCCGAGGGACUCCCAUCACGAGUCACUUAGACAUCAGGUUUCUCCUCGCGAGGCUUCACAAGCUCCAACAACUGUCCAUCCGGUACGGGGUCAAAGAAUGCGGGAUGACCUACGAACAUUACUACUUCCAGAUCAGCGAAGCUGACGUCACAGAUUUGGCUGAAGGCCUCCGUCAAGGUCCUACUACCCUCAACAGUUUUGCCUUACACCGUUGCCAAAUCGACGACAUAAAACUGAAUAUCCUCCUCGGUGCCUUGAUAGACAUGGAGAACCUCACAUCACUGGACUUCUCGCACUGUAACUUUGGCAACAUUGGAGCGAAGUCUCUGGCGAAACUUAUAUCCCUCCACAAGUCCCUCAAAGAAUUAAACAUUGAGAACAACUCCUUUGGAGAGGAAGGACUAAUGGCGGUUGCGUUUGUGUUGAAUAAGAAAGACAGUUGUCCUCUAGAGGUUCUCAAACUAGAUUUGAACAUUUUUGGAGACGAAGGAGCCAAAGCUUUAGGUGCAUCUUUAGUCAACAACUCUACUCUAACCAAGCUAAGUCUAGCCGGUUGUGGUAUUACCAUUGAAGGCCUCACAAGUUUGAUGGCUGCAUUACGCUACAACACAACCCUGUUGAAUCUCAACCUCAGUAGUAAUAAUUUUUCCAACGAAUGUUGCACGGAAGUGAUGAUCGCGCUUGAGUUUAACACGUGUAUUCAAGUGCUAGAUCUGAGGAACACUGGCAUCGACAAUGAAGCGUUGUCGAAUUUCGAGACUUUCAUCAGACGGAACCGCAAAAUUCUACGGCGCUCAAGACUGAGCGAGGGUAACAGAAAUUUGAUUGAUUUCUUUUGACUGGUGACGAUAAAUCUGGAGAGAUUUGGAUCAAUAUCGAAGGAGAUCACUCCUGAAAAAUUAACAGAGUCUGCUUUCAAGAGACAAAUUUCGAAGCGAGAUUUCGAAGCAAGAUUUCGAGGAAAACAAAUUUUGAGGAGCUGAGAAUAAAAUUUGAACAAUUUUGACUGGAGACGAUAAAUCUGGAGAGAUUUGGAUCAAUAUCGAAGGAGAUCACUCCUGAAAAAUUAACAGGGUCUGUUAUUUCGAAGCAAGAUUUCGAGGAAAACAAAUUUCGAGGAGCUGAGAAUAAAAUUUGAACAUUCUUCUUUCAAAAGACAAAUUUUGAAGCGAGAUUUCGAGAAAUACAAAUUUCGAGGAGCUAAGAAUAAAUUUGUACAAGGCAAGAUUUCAAGAGAUACAAAUUUCGAGCAUAGUUUGACAAGAUUAGAGAAAUGUUGCGAAAUUUGUAGCCGAUAUGGGAAUACUAGAUCAAUUAUUCUCAUUGAUAAAAUCUUCUAUUGAGAGUACUAGGCCUGGAAUUACAAAUUUCGAGGAGCUGAGAAGCAAAUUUUGACAAGAUUAGAGGAAAUUUUGCAAAAUUUGUUGCCGAUUGAGGAGAAUUAGAUCAACAAUUAUAUCGUUGAUUGGAAUCUUCUUCAGAUACUAUAGGCCUGAUAUUGGUGAAUGUUCAUUGUUCUGGCUUUUAGAACCAUUCAACCCAAAAUAAGUGAACGUGAUUAUUUUCAUCUUGAAUCAUCAGGGAAAUACAAAAUUGGGGCGAUAAUACGUAUUUGAGUUCAUAUUGAAGGACUCUAUUAUCUUGAUAUCAACUCUUAAAUAAACUUUGAAUGAAUUUCUCUUGUUAUUCUGGUACAGUAUUUUGAGACCAAAAUACAUCAGUCUUAAUAUUUUAUUCUGAACUAAAUAAAACGUGUAUGUUGAGUGCAAAA